AUGGACCCAGGCAGCUUCGAGCCCAUCACCGGCCUCGAAUACGUGAAACCGUUUAGCCAGCCCGCAGGAUCCUACUCCGACGACGGCUCCAUGACUCUAGCCCUAGCGCAGUCCAUCAUCGAUUCCCAAGGCAAAUACAACCACGCCUUGUCCAUCCAGUAUUUCGUAGACUGGUUCUCCGCCGGCCGAUUCAGCACGAUCAACCACGCCUGGGACGUGGGUCGCUCGACGCGCUCUGCCCUCCAGAGCUGGCGGAAACGGGGCACGGAGGAUCUCCAACGUACCCAGGACGUAGUCAAUCGAAAGCUGGAUGUGGAGCAAUCCUCAGGGAACGGAAGCUUGAUGAGAAUCGCCCCCAUUGGACUGGCUCUGUGGCGCGAUCAGGGGGAAGCGACAAGAGUAGCUAGAGAGCAGAGUCGGGUUACGCAUCCUGCGCUGGCGUGUUUGGAGGCGUGUGAGGUACAGACGCUUUUGAUUUGUGGGGUUUUGCGUGGCGAGAGCAAAGAGCAGCUUUGCGAUAGAAUCAAAGGGUACAAGUUCACUCACGAUGCCCUUACACAGCGACUCUCGCGCUACAAGACAAUUUCCGACUGGCAAGCCAAAUCGGCCCCGGACAUGCACAGCAGCGGAUGGGUCGUGGACACGCUCGAAGUGGCCCUGUGGGGAUUUUUCAAGUUUGAUAGCUGGGCUGCGGGCGCACUGGCGGUGGCAAACCUAGGGGGCGACGCCGACACGGCGGCGGCAGUUUACGGGAAUAAGGAGUUCAUUGCGGAGGUUGCUGGGAAGCUGGCGGAGUUUGUUUCCAGCGGGGUUUCGAAUUGA